UGGGCCGGGGGUGGCCGUGCCGCCAGCGCGGGCCGGCUCCAUCAUGUGAGGCGGCGGGUCUGCCCCGCUGCCUCCCCCCCGCCCCGAGCUGCCCUCUCCCGCACCAUGAGGGAAGGGGAUGCGGGGCAGCACCCACGCCGGAGACAGGUAGAGCCCGGGCGGCUCCUGCGCCUCCUCUCCGGCGUGAUCCUGGUGUGCAGCGCGGAGGUCGCGGCGCUCGCCGACUUCUCAGGUUACCUAACCAAACUUCUGCAAAAUCAUACUGCCUAUGCCUGCGAUGGGGAACAUUUGAGUCUGCACUGUCCUCGGCAUUCAACAAUAAGUGUUCAGUCAGCAUUUUACGGGCAAGACUACCACAUGUGUGGUACUGGGGAGCAGGAAACCAGAAUGAGAGAACCCAUAAACUGCGUGGCACCCACCUCUUUGCAGAAAGUGCUGGAUGAAUGCCAAAACCUGAGAUCCUGCCAACUCCUUGUCAAUAGUCGGGUUUUUGGACCUGAUCUGUGUCCAGGGACCACUAAAUUCCUCCUUGUCUCCUUUAAAUGCAAACCUACUGAAUACAAAACCAAAUCAGCAUGUGAAAACCAGGAACUGAAACUCCACUGUCAGGAGUCCAAGUUCCUUAUCAUCUACUCUGCUACUUACGGCAGAUGGGCACGUGAGGAGAACAUCUGCUCAACAGAAGUGGAGCGCGUCCCCCCUUUCGACUGUUUGUCUUACACGGCGCUAGAAGUUCUAUCAAAAAGGUGUUAUGGGAAGCAGAGAUGCAAAGUAAUUGUCACUAGCCGGGAUUUUGGAAGUCCAUGCCUACCUGGAGUGACAAAAUACCUUAAUGUCAGCUAUGCAUGUGUUCCUAAAUUUAUUCUCACAGCUGUCAACUCCCUAGUCACAGAUAGCAAGUCUUCCGUUAAACAGAACGAUGGUGUCAACCCUGAUCCAAAGGAAUCAAGACUUCCAAAGAAAGAUGACAUUUUUGUUAGCAACGCCUUGGCUACAUUUGCAUACAUCAGAGAUCACCCUGAAAGAGCUGCUCUCCUGUUUGUGUCCAGCGUUUGUGUGGGGUUAGUCUUCACGCUGUGUGCUUUGGUGUUCCGCGUGUCCUGCUCCAGGGACUUCCAGAAAUUGCACAGAAAGAAGGAUCACUUGGUGCCACAAAGUGAUGAAGCAUACAAGAGCAGUGAAAAUGAGGAGGAGGAGGAGGAUUCCCCUGAUUCGGAUGCCCAGGAUGAGAUAUCAGGACUUUACAGACCUUCUUACUCAGGUUACAGUUCCACAGAGGCAGCAGAACUGGCUGAAAGGAUAGAGCGCAGGGAGCAGAUCAUACAAGAAAUUUGGAUGAACAGUGGUUUGGAUAUGACACCUCCUAGAAAUAUGAAUACAUUUUAUAUUAAUGAACAAUAAGUGGCUUAUUUUGGAUGAUGCUCUAGCCCUUUUUUUUAAAAAAAGAAAUGUACCUUCUGUGAAGGAACAUUUGUAUCAGUGCAUAUAAUUAUUUGUAAAGUAAGAAAAAAAUAUAUUCAAUAAAAGAGUUUCAAACCCUU